CAGACGCGGCUCAGCCAAUGAGACAAAUCCAGGAAGGGAAACACCCAAUUCCACCCUGUGUUCCUCUGCCAGACUGCUGAAAAUUCAAACUAACUUUGUUACCCCUUUCCGGCCGGGAUCCAUUGCCUGCAGAGAGCCCUGCACUGCAGAAAGGCUCCGGGAGGAAGCUUCUUGUCCCAUCUGCCUGGAGUGUUUCCAAGAGCCGGUGACUAUCCACUGCGGGCACAACGUCUGCCGGGCCUGCAUCAGCCAGUGCUGGGGGGAAUUAAAUACAAACUUUUCCUGCCCCCCGUGUGGAGAAACUGCCCAGCAGAGAAACCUGCAGCCCAGCAGGGAACUGGCGAGAGUUAUCGAACUAGCCAGAGGGUUGAGUUUCCAGGCGGCCAAAGGCUCAGGACGAGUGAGUGUGUGAGACACACCAGGAGGCCCUGAAUCUCUUCUGUGAAGUGGACCAAACCCCCAUCUGUGUGGUGUGCGAUAGAGCCAAGGCUCUGAGCCAGGAUCUCACAGAGGAGUCUGCCCAGGAGGACAAGGAACAAUUCCAGACCCGACUGCAGGCUCUGAAGGAAGAGAGAGAAAAGCUCCUGGGAUUGAAACUGACCAGAGAAAGGAGAAGCCCAGAGUACCUGCGUGGAGAGCUCGCCCACCCAGCUGAGCAUGCGGGGUCCACGCGCCAAACGCUCUCCUGCCUGGAGUAGGCAGGAGAUGUUGGAUCUCCUUGGCCUGUGGGGAGAGGAGGCUGUGCAGGCACAGCUCCAGUCCAGCCGUAGAAAUGCAGAGGUCUAUGAGAAGAUCUCUCAGGGCAUGGUGGAGAAGGGCUACCAGAGGGACCUGCUGCAGUGUCGCGUGAAAGCAAAGGAGCUGCGGCUCGCGUACCAGAAGGCAAGGGAGGCGAACGGUCACUCUGGUGCAGCACUGCAGACGUGCCCGUUUUACAAAGAGCUGCAUGCUAUCCUCUGCAAUGACCCCACCCCCAAGAAGGAGUCUUCGGAGGAGUCAGAGUCCCAGGGCAGUGGUGAGUUGGAGCUGCUGGAUGAGGAAGAGGAGGAGACGAAUGGGAGACAGGCGAGCGGGGGAUCCGUUGUCCCAGGGAGACAGGAGCUGUUUGUAACCCCGGAGCAGUCCAGCCAGUUGCAGCACUGCAGCAUGGCUGACCGUGAUGCUGGGGAGGGUACCUCUGCCAGGAGCGCGGCCUGGGGCUCUCCCUCCACGCCAUCGGCGGGGCUCUUCCAGAUAAGACGAAGGCCAAAGAGAACACGUGAUGACGUGCCGCAUGAGACAAUGAACGCCUCUGGGAGGGCGCACACCGAGCCAAGGACCGCCGUCUCGGAAACAAUGGCCGUUAUGAGCAGGGCGCAAGCCAAGGAGACUGAGCGUUGCAUGCAGCAGGAGGUGCUGGGGAUUCUGAAGGAACAAACAGACAUUUUGAGGCGUCUGCUUGACCUUCAGGAGCGAUACUUUAAGUCUCAACUCCCUCUGCGGCCCCUCCAGAACAACACUCUAACAUCGCCCUACUUCCCCUCCCCUCCUCGCACACAUUCCACUUGGCGGAGGGACCCGAUGCAGUAUCCCUUCUGCUCAGUCCCCGGGGAGGGUGCGUGGAAUCCCAGCCGCCCGUUCACUGACGUGUGACAGGCCAGGCUCCUGCGCUUUUAAAUAGAAGGUGAAUGUGCAUUCCCCCUCCCAGUUGUAUAUUCCCCUGGGGUUUCCAGGUUUUACCUCCGUGG